AUGGGUAGAUUAGGGCACACGAAGUCGCGUAACGGCUGCUCCCGCUGCAAGCAGAGGAAGAUCAAGUGCGACGAAAGACGCCCAUGCGGUUUGUGUAGCAAGAGGGGCUUCUCCUGCAGCUUGCUUCUCUCACCUUCUCUUGACUCUACUUCGUCAAAUGGCCAUGUCAGCCCAAACGCAAUUUCCUUGAUCGGAAUCGAGGGCGUGCGACUACUCGACUUUUCUAAGGGCACCUCUAUCGUUCCAAAAUGCCAACAGCCGUCUGAUUGGACCGAGGACCUGGGCUUGAUGAGCCACUACUCCUCUAUAACCUCAGCUACUCUUCCAGGGGCUAAUCGCCACGUAUGGCAGAUUGAGAUUCCCAAGGUGGGGGUAGCUCAUCCUUUCCUUAUGCACCAAAUACUUGCCGUUUCAGCAUUCCACCUCGCGAGUUUAAACCCAUCUGAAUGCCAAGAAAAUCUUUCCAGAGCAUUCAAACAUCAACACCAUGCAAUAUGUGGAAUUAGGGGAGAGGUCGCAACGGUCACUCCGAGGAACUGUCAUGCCCUUUUUGCCGGUUCAUCUCUUUUGUUUAUAGGAGCUUUCGCCGCGUGUGCUCGGACGAGCGGCGGCGACCUCGAGCAGAAAGUGAACGACUUGUUCAGUGCCUUUACUCUUAUUCGAGGCGUCAGUAGCAUCCUGACUUCGUUCAAAGAUGUGGUCCGAAAUGGGAUCUUUGGAGGAUUCAUGGAAUGCAAUUCAUAUGCAAAAGGGACAGGUUUAUUGUUAUCGCUUGUAGAAAGGCUUGGCUUCAUAACGCAGAGCCUUGACGCCGGCAAAGUAGACCAUGUGGUCAAGUCCCAGGCGGGAGAAGCAAUCUUUGCCCUAGGAGAGAGUGUUGGUAGGGCUUCCACUGCUUCCCCUGAGCUAAAUGUGGCUAUAAUCUGGCCCAUGAUCAUCAAGGAUGGAUUCCUCCAACUGAUCCGUGAGCGUCACCCGGCCGCUCUUGUAGUGGUUGCGCAUUACUGCACGGUUCUCCACGCCGUGGGCUCCGAAUUCUGGUUUCUGGAAAAUUGGGGACACGAUUUGCUCGAUGCCAUUGUAGACGGUCUUCCGCCUUGUUGGCACGAGGCAGUCGCAUGGCCGUUGGAGUAUGUCAAACAUGGAAGAACGACUCCAACGUGA